AUGUUUACGCCUCAGGUAUCCUUGCCUAAACCCAAGGAGGAACCAACAGGUGUCACUUGCGACCGGCCGAUCUCGACCUCCGACCUAAAGCUUGAUCCUGCAUAUUCACUUGGAAUUAAGAAGCAACCAUCCAUUUUCUUCGUUCCCGGAAGAAACCAAUUGACCUUGCUUUCAUCUCGUGCUCCGGUUCCAUACCGUCCCACAACCGUCAAGAUGAUUUCCGACGACGACCUCCACCGUCUUGCCGUCUUUCUCGGCUCUUGCGCGAUGAUGAUGAUCGUUCUCUACCACUUCCUCGAAGUCAAUGCCAAAGAUACUGGAGUGGAGGACGCAAGUGAAGUGAAGAGGUCGGCUGCUGCGUUUCAGGAGUCAGUUGCUGCUAGCCCUUCGACAGUACCUGCAGCGGCCGCGGGCGGUUCGUCAGCCAUCGGAGGAGAGAAAGACCGGUAA